ACACACACACGCAUCCACACACACCCCUACCACCCAGCCCCGCCACUGUCCGCCCCAGGCAGCAGCUGCAGCCACGUGAAGAGAGUCAGCGGAGCAGGCGCCUACGGCUUGUAAAUAUACUUGGGGUAGGAGGGAAGGGGCGAAAGAGUUAAAGAAUUUAUAUUGCAGAUUCCAGCUGCUGCAGCUGCCCCCCGCCGUCUCCGCCCCCACAGCCCAACGGGACCAUCUAUUGGCAGAGAAGCCAACGCAGCUGGUCAGGUAGCAGAGCCGUCCAAUCGGAGCAGGCAGCCGCUGAGAUCGCACCAAUCCGCCGGCGCUACAGGCGGAGGCAGGCCGGGCUGAAGUUUGGUUGAAUGGGGGAGUACAAAGACUAGUUUGAAAGGUGCGGAUGGAAUGUCUCUAGAUGCGGCGCGUGUGAGCGCGGAGCAGGGGAGAGAUGCCGCUGGCGGUGCCUGGGGAAGCCAGCGCUUCCGAGCAGCGCCUCCUGUAAAGUGCCAGCCUCCUCUCCGAGAAAGAGCAAUUGGGCAGCUCAGCAACGAGCUGCCCGCGCUGGAUUUUUGCAUUGCAGAGAAGAAGAAACCACUCUGCUGUUUAUUUUUUAAUCGCUUUUAUUUUUUGCCAGGGAAGGGUGAGGACAUGCACCUUAGGCUGGCUGCGUUGAUCCGAAGCAAACGCCAGGUCAGCAGCAGACGGAGGAGGAUGUGUGAAUGAAUUGCCAGGUCCCCUUCGAUCCUGCUUUGCAGAGAAGGCUGCAUUGCCCCUGGAAGACGAGACCAUCGCUAGUUAUUCUGGCUCAUUUGGUGUGUCUGCUGCGGAGAUAGCGCAUCGUCCCGCAGCGGGAGCUGCUGGAUAAAACCUACCCCCAAUCGUGCUGCUGGCUGGGAAAUAGCCCUGUGAGCUAGCGGAUGGCUUUGUCUCUCUUAAGGAGUCGAUUGAUUUGGUUCUCCCCCCGGACGCAAAUGCUGAGUCUGCUGAAAGGGAAAGCUCAGCGUGUGUCCUCUUUGUAAAGGAUGCAUCCACUACUCCAGACCAUUAUUGUACUGAGAGCCUAAAAAAAAAAAAUCCAAGCUCCCCAUCUGCUGCUGGGGCGAGGAGGGAUUUUGACAAUCUCUAGGACAUGUUUUCUUUUUCUAUGAGACUAACCGUCAAAGACUAGUCCCAGCACCGCCGUCCCUCUGCCCUUUGUAGUUUGGUUCUGAAUCAGUUCAGAUCACCAACAAAUGGUGGUUUCUCCAGGCGCUAACCCCAGGUGGGAGUUGUUAUCACUGAUUCUCUUCUGCCUUUCACGCCGCAGCCAGUGCAGAAAUAUGUUGGCUCUUCAGCACGCUUCUUGUAAGGUACCUUGGAGUGGGAGCCUUUGCUUCUUGUGCCAGGAUAAUUGCUUUGGUCCAAGAGAGGAUUUGCAGUUUUACAAUGCUAAUAAAACUGAGUAAUCUGGGGCUGUGAUUCUGGUUUGUGGUGGGAGUUCAGGUGAUUUUCCUCUCUCCUUCCCCAGCCCCCUUUGUGAGAAAGUUCUGUAUAAUUAUUUAAAGGAAUGACCAGGUCCCUAGAGACUUGGGAGAGGAAAUGACAGAUUGGGGGGAACCCUCUAGGAAGCUACUGCUGGGAUUCCAGCUAUUUAUGAGGUACUUGUAGCAGGCUCCAGGAGACCCCAGGUUGUAGAGCAGAGGGUGGUUGUUCACCGAAUUGGUUGUGCUCUCCUGACAACUAUCAGGAAUCUUGUAUCGCUGACAGCCUGAGACUUUUGUGUGAGGCAGGACUUUGCCAAAGAGGGAAGGAUCUGCAGUUUUCGCUCCCCUUGCAUUGUUCCCCUGACGCCUGGAGAAAGAUGCUUGGAAGUUCAGGUCCCUCCUGGCUGUGAGCGAACUUUUUUUUUUUCUUUGUGGUUUGUCCCCUUUCCCAACACUCUUUGCUGUAGGGCAUGUCCCGGCCCAACAGUGUGAGCCCCCCGGGCUUUGGAGCCCCUGCACCUCGGGGAGGCACCGAGCAGCAUCGAUCGGCCUGGGGGGAAGCAGAGUCCAGGGCCAAUGGCUAUUCCUACCCACCUGCCCCAAACAGAUCAUCGAGCAAGAAGCCUUCUUGCAUGGCGAGCAGGUGGAGGAGUGAGGAAGACUACGAGCCUCAGCCCAACACGAACCGGAGGGAGAGCGUUUGCAGGAUGUUGAGUUUUAGAUCCAAAUCGGCCUGGCAGGAGCAUGGCGAAGAUAGUCGCCGCCACCAGCGCAGAGGGAAUCCCACUUUUACCACCAGCCCUCGGCACUUUGGGGAGCUGGGUGAGGUGCGGCCCCGGUCCGUGGAGCUGGGGCUGGAGGAGAAGCGGAUCAAGGCCAAGCUUGAGGAGCUGGAGGAGGAGGAAAGGGACUCCCAGGUGGCCUUCUCCAUGGGCAGCUGCUGUGGCAGCCUGUUGCAGAUCUUCAGGUCCAAGAAGUUCCAGUCGGAGAAGCUGGAGCGCCUCUACCAGCGCUACUUCUUCCGGCUCAACCAGAGCAGCCUCACCAUGCUGAUGGCCGUGCUGGUGCUGGUGUGCCUGGUCAUGCUGAUCUUCCACGCCGUGUACGGUCACUACAAGGUGCCCUAUGUGGUGGUGCUCUCGCUGGCCAUCCUGCUGGUGGUGGUGUUGUGCGUGCUGUGCAACCGAAACGACUUCCACCAGGACCACAUGUGGCUGGUGUGCUACUCGGUCAUCCUGGCCAUCGUGGCUGUACAGGUGGUGGGGGUGCUGCUGGUCUGGCCCAGGAGCGCCUCCGAGGGCAUCUGGUGGACUGUCUUCUUCAUCUACAGCAUCUACACACUGCUGCCAGUCAGGAUGAGGGCUGCGGUCAUCAGCGGGGUGGUCCUCUCAGCAAUCCACCUGGCCAUCUCCCUGAAAACCAGUGCAGAGGACAAGUUCCUGUUAAAGCAGCUGGUCUCCAAUGUUCUCAUCUUCUCCUGCACAAACAUUGUAGGAGUGUGUACUCAUUACCCAGCUGAGGUGUCUCAAAGACAAGCAUUUCAAGAGACCAGGGAGUGCAUUCAGGCCAGGCUACAUUCUCAAAGGGAGAACCAGCAGCAGGAGCGGCUCCUGCUCUCUGUACUCCCUCGUCAUGUUGCCAUGGAGAUGAAAGCCGACAUUAAUGCCAAACAGGAGGAUAUGAUGUUUCAUAAGAUCUACAUCCAGAAGCACGAUAAUGUCAGCAUCCUCUUUGCAGACAUAGAAGGGUUCACCAGCCUGGCCUCCCAGUGUACAGCUCAGGAGCUGGUCAUGACGCUGAAUGAGCUCUUUGCCAGAUUUGAUAAGCUUGCAGCUGAAAAUCACUGUUUACGUAUAAAGAUCUUGGGUGAUUGCUAUUACUGCGUGUCUGGAUUACCAGAAGCAAGAGCUGACCAUGCACACUGCUGUGUUGAAAUGGGAAUGGACAUGAUAGAGGCUAUCUCAUUGGUCCGGGAGGUGACAGGAGUCAACGUGAACAUGAGGGUUGGGAUCCACAGCGGGAGAGUUCACUGUGGAGUCUUGGGCCUCAGGAAGUGGCAGUUUGAUGUGUGGUCAAAUGAUGUCACGCUAGCCAAUCACAUGGAAGCCGGAGGUAAAGCAGGGCGAAUCCACAUUACCAAAGCAACCUUGAAUUAUCUGAAUGGAGACUACGAGGUGGAACUGGGUUUUGGAGGAGAACGCAAUGCUUACCUCAAGGAGCACAGUAUAGAGACCUUCCUGAUUGUACGCUGCAGUCAAAAACGGAAAGAUGAGAAAGCGACAAUAGCCAAGAUGAACAGGCAGCGCACCAAUUCCAUCGGCCAUAACCCUCCACACUGGGGUGUGGAUCGCCCCUUUUACAACCAUCUGGGUGCUCACCAGGUCUCCAAGGAGAUGAAGAGAAUGGGUUUUGAGGAUCCCAAGGACAAGAACACCCAAGAAAGCAUGAACCCGGAGGAUGAGGUGGAUGAGUUUCUGGGCCGUGCAAUCGAUGCCAGAAGUAUUGAUCGGUUACGCUCUGAGCACGUUCGCAAGUUUCUUUUAACAUUCAGGGAGCCUGACUUAGAGAAGAAGUACUCCAAGCAAGUGGACGACAGAUUUGGAGCCUAUGUGGCUUGUGCCUCCCUCGUCUUCCUCUUCAUCUGCUUUGUCCAAAUCACAAUCGUGCCCCACUCUACAUUUAUGUUGGGUUUUUACCUGACCAGUUUCUUGAUCCUGACCACAGUGGUGUUUGUUUCGGUCAUUUACUCCUGCAUAAAGCUUUUCCCAGCUCCACUCCAGACUCUCGCAAGGAAGAUUGUUCAAUCCAGGACCAAUAGCACCUUAGUUGGGGUCUUCGCCAUUAUACUGGUUUUUCUGUCAGCAUUUGUCAACAUGUUCAUGUGCAGCACUGUGGAUCUUGUCAGCUGUGUGGCUACAGAGUAUAACAUCACUCCCGACCAGGUGGACAUAUGCCUUAUCAGCAACUCAUCUUUCAAAUACAGCCUGGGCACCUGGCAGGGAUUCUGUGGCAGUUCCCUGCCCAAUUGCAACUUCCCAGAGUAUUUUACCUACAGUGUCUUACUGAGUCUCCUGGCCUGCUCUGUGUUCCUUCAGAUCAGCUGCAUUGGGAAACUGAUCCUAAUGUUGAUCAUCGAAUUCAUAUACGUUCUCAUUGUGGAGGUGCCAGGGGUGAACCUCUUUGACAAUGCAGAUCUUCUAGUUGCAGCCAACACUGUUGAGUUCUCUAAUGCAACAUCAACAUGCUCCCAGAAAGUGUCGAGAGUGGCACUGAAGAUUGUGACCCCUAUCGUCAUAACUGUUUUUGUCCUGGCAUUAUAUCUGCAUGCCCAGCAGGUGGAAUCCACAGCAAGGCUCGACUUCCUUUGGAAACUGCAGGCCACUGAAGAGAAAGAGGAAAUGGAGGAGCUGCAGGCGUACAAUAGACGCCUCCUCCACAACAUCUUGCCAAAGGACGUGGCAGCCCAUUUCCUGGCACAAGAGCGGCGAAACGAUGAGCUGUAUUACCAGUCCUGUGAGUGCGUGGCUGUCAUGUUUGCCUCCAUCAGCAACUUCUCGGAGUUCUACGUGGAGUUAGAGGCAAACAACGAAGGGGUGGAAUGUCUGAGGCUCCUCAAUGAAAUUAUUGCAGACUUUGAUGAAAUAAUAAGUGAGGACCAAUUCCGGCAGCUGGAGAAGAUCAAAACCAUUGGCAGUACGUACAUGGCUGCUUCAGGCCUCAAUGACUCUACUUAUGACAAGGUGGGAAAAACACACAUCAAAGCUCUGGCUGACUUUGCCAUGAAGUUAAUGGACCAAAUGAAGUACAUUAAUGAGCAUUCGUUCAACAACUUCCAAAUGAAAAUAGGGUUAAAUAUUGGUCCUGUGGUAGCCGGGGUAAUAGGAGCACGCAAACCUCAAUAUGACAUCUGGGGAAACACAGUCAAUGUAGCCAGUCGAAUGGACAGUACAGGUGUUCCUGACAGAAUUCAGGUGACCACAGACAUGUACCAGGUUUUAGCAGCCAACAGCUAUCAGCUGGAAUGUCGAGGGGUCGUUAAGGUAAAGGGUAAAGGAGAAAUGACCACCUACUUCCUAAACGAAGGGCCACCGCUCAGUUAGCAGCAACCAUGGCACAACUUUAAAAAUGGUAUUUGCAUGGAGAAGAAUUGCUGUUUAGCUCUGGACCCAAAAAGACAGCGCAGUUGCAUUUUUUCAUGCAACGACUUUAGAGCAUGGUUCUGACAAGCAAAUAAACUUUAGCCACAUGCCAUGCAGUGCAGAAGAAAGAAAACACUGUGGAUUAAUUCCCAGUGGAGUGCUAAAUCGACCAAAGAUGCACCUCUAUGGAAUUCCCAGAUAAAAGAAAUGAAUUGGAGCUUUGAAAAUGAUGCUGCUGCAUAGGACAUAAGAUAUUUAAAUAUUUAUUGAAGCUACACAAAAUUUUACUUGGUUGAAGGAAUGUAUGAUUCACUACAAAGCAUUAUUUUGGAAAGGAUUUGCACUCCUAUAAUGUUUCCGUUCCAUACAGUCAACUCUUUCAAGUGUACCCCUGUUCUUUUAUUGGCUGUUUGGAUAGGCUUUCAAAAUUAAAAGUGACACCCACUAUUCUACACAAAGGGCCUUUCAGAACAGCAUCGGUAAUGUUUUUAAGGUUGAAAAAGACACCUUGCCAUAUAAAACUGUCCCCUUUCCCUUACAUGGCUAACAGACUACUCUUCUGAAUAGGACUGGUACACCUAAGAUCAAGAUGAGGAAACAUGGCUCUGCAAACAUAUUUAUUAAAUGAAAGUCUUCUGUGCUCUUCUUUGGUAUAUAUACACAUAUAUCAGUUUACAUGUGAAAGACUAGAUGAAAACAAGAGACACUUUAGGGGGAACCCCCCUCAACUUUCUUGUUUUUGUAUUUUUUAUUUUGUAAUAUUGAAAACAUGGAGAUCUAACAGAUAUACCAAAUUCUAUAUUUUGUAAAUUAUAUAUAUUAGAAAAAAGUCUGUCCACACCAGCGUGUGGUGGGUUGUGUAUAUAUAACCUGCAGAACUAUGUAACAUUCCGUGCAUUAUUCUCUGAAUACAGACUUGGCAGUUUUCAGACUAAGAGUAAACAAUCAAACAACCCUUGAUGAGGUUGCAGGCCGAGUCAGAUGCAUUUAAGUGAAAAUUCAGAAAACCCUACAGAAAUCAAGUACAAUAAUCAUUACAAACAACUGUUCAUUUCAGGAUUCAAGAUGCAGCUGGGGGCGAUAGAGUGCAGUGAAUGGAAUUAGGAGGCAUGAUAAAUAACUGAGCUGUUGAGAAUAUCAGACAAGCAUAACAGGGAAGAGCACUAAGCAAAUCUUCAUCUGAAGGUAGCAAAAACUGUCACACUGGAACAAAAAUAAGAUCAUUUUAACAAUUCCUUUAAAAUUAUUUUCUCACAGCAACUAUUAAUAGAAGCCUGAUAAUACAAAAAAGUGUCCAAGAGACUCUAAGUGCCAUUUGCCUUUACAAAGAACUAUGUACUGCAUUGCCAGGUUGACUAUCUUGUAGCAGACAUUUAAUUAAAUUAAUGAUUCACAGCUAUUUUAAGAGUUAGAUGAUUCUAUCUUUUUAAAAAGAAGACAGAUGGAUAAUUUGUAUGUGGAUUCAGGAGAUCUUUAGAGUGACACAGAUAUCAUGUUGAACAUAUCCUCUUACUACCGGGGGCGAGAAGGGGUAUAUGAAUAAUUCGCUAUGAUUUAUGUACCUUUUUUAACUUGUAAAAAAUAAACCCUUGCUAUUUUAUUUUUUAAAAAGCAUUUUAAAGCCCUAUUUUUUAUAUUCUAUGAGGGGAGAGUUUUGAUACUGAAUUUGGCUAUCACUAAAAUGACUCAUAUUUUGACAUUCAGUAAAGUUCUUUUCGACUCUUCUCAGGGCAAAAAUUACUGUAUUAACAACUUAAUGAUUGCACUAUAGUGGUGAUUUAUAAAAUAAGUGUUUCACUUUAUUUUUUACAACAAGAGUAAGUUAAAAUGCAUGGGCCUGUCCUAAUUAAUUUACUAUGUUGCUUAGCAUCCAGCCAUUUAAACUUGAGCUUAAAUGGCACCCCUGUGAUCCUUCCUUUUCCCCUUUAAUAGGCCACAUCCUUGAAAAGUAUAGUAUAUUGACUUCUGUAAAACUGCCAAGUCUGCCCUUGUACUAUACUUUUGCUGCUUUGCAUUUUCUGAUUUGCAAAAUACUUUCGUUACAUGGCACAAUGACCACUCCCUUCCCUUCCCCCUUCUAUCCCUUUCUACCACUCAGUGAGUUUCAUUAUCUUCAUGAUGUACAUUCAUAUUUAGGUUUGCUUUCUACUUUACUAAAGUCUGUAUUCUUAACUUUUGAUCAGUCUGCUGCUCCACCUUGCGCAGCUGUGUUGUCAAUGAUAUUUCAAGUCCCCAGUAUCUCUGACUGUGAUUGUUGACAGUGUGUCAUGAUCAUUUCAAGGGGUAUACACACUCUUUAUUUUAGCUCCUAUAAAAAUUGAUACCGUUAUGAUUUCCCAUGGAAAUUGAAAUCUAUUUAAGUAAUUUAACUAUAUUAAACACUGUUUCACUGGUAA